AUGCCGCGAGAAGGGAAGGACUGGGAGAAGGGCAGUGUCUUCCCUGGAAUGGAAGAAGGCAGCCACCCUGGGUUGUAUGGGGGCCAUGGACCUGGGGAGCUCAACCCUCUGGAGCGACGUGGCCACCGCCAUGUGACGCCUGGGCAGCUCCGGAACUGGAGAAAGACUAAUCUGAUUCCAGGACUAACAGGAAUUCAUUUUAAAACAACACCCCUCUUCUGCAAUGUUCCAUGUUUGCUUUGCUCAUGUUGCCCAACUGGGAGGAACUCCGUUAUCACAAGGCUGCUGUACUCCUCUAUCCUGUUGGUCUCCACCUUGAUUGGUUUGAUUUUUUCUCUGCCAGCAGUAGAAGAAAACAUAAACAAGGUCCCAGAAUCGUGUAAAGGGAACACAACAUGCACAUUUCUGGUUGGGCAAAGAGUCAUUUACCAUAUAUUUUUUGGAAUGGCCUUGUUUCACAUGUUAUUGUCAGGCCUGAUGAUCAAUGUCAAAACCAGCAGGGAUCACAGAGCAAUGGUACAUAAUGGGUUCUGGUUUUUUAAAGGUGCUGCGAUUAUAAUUAUAUGUUCUGUGAGCUUCUGUAUUCCAGAGGAGUUCUUCAGUAAAGCUUUAUUUAUCAUCGGUGCUGCUGGAGCCCUUAGUUUUGUUCUCAUUCAGCUUGUGGUUCUGAUUGAUGUUGGAUAUUUUUUGAACCUGAUAUGGGAGAAAAAGACAACGGAAGGGGGUUCACGAUGCUGGCAUAUCGCAGUGCUGGCAGCUACCUGUCUCAAUUACUUGCUCUCCUUAGUCACUGCCAUCAUUUGUUUCAUCUUCUAUGCUUCUGGUUCCUGCAUUCAGAAAACCUUCUUCAUUAUCUUCAACAGCCUAAUUUGUGUUUUAGCUUCCAUAAUAUCACUUCACCCAAAGGUUCAGGAACUACAAAGUGGGUCUGGUCUUCUUCAGUCUUCACUGAUCACACUGUAUGUUUUAUAUCUCACCUGGUCAGCAAUGACAAAUAUGCCAGAAGAAAAGUGCAACACAGAGAGAACUGGGAACAAUGAGGAAAUUUUGGACUUGGAUGUACUUUCUGGGAAUGAAACUGCACUUGUAUCAGAUACCUCAGAAAUGAGUAGAAAGUGGAGCGUGCAAAGUAUAGCUGGUCUGCCUAUCUUCAUUGUUUGUCUUUUCUAUCUGAGUAUCAGACCAUCGGGGAGAAGAGCAAUCAGAGAAAUAAGGCAACCCACCUCUGACCAGAUGGCCUUGGAAGAAGUUUCCACAGAUAGUUCAUCCUUCCAGGAAGGCUGUGAAGAGGUCCACCGAUUCCAAGACAAUGAGCAAGAUUCUGUCCAAUACAGUUACUCAUUUUUUCAUAUCUUGCUGUUUCUAGCUUCAUUGUAUUCCAUGAUGAUGCUGACAAACUGGGACAGCCCUAAAUCAGACUUGGCAGUCAUGCCAAGCAGUUGGCUUCUAGCCUGGAUGAAGAUUAGCUCUGUAUGGAUCUGCCUGGUUCUCUUCAUGUGGACGCUCGUGGCUCCGAUUAUUCUCGGCAGGGUGGAUCUGUCCUGUAAACCUGUGUAG